AGUUGAUAUCAAACACAAACUUGGCAAUUUCUUCUACAAGUAUAAGUAUCAAGUACUUUAUAAAGUUUGUUGAUGUAACAAAUGGCCAAACAACAGAUCCACCAACAACAGCUGCACUAACAACAGCUGUACCAACAACAGCUGCACUAACAACAUAUGCUCCAACAACAGCUGAACUAACAACAGAUGCUCCAACAACAGCUUUACCAACAACAGCUGCACCAACAACUGUUCCAACAACAGCUGCACCAACAACAACAGCAGAGCCAACAAAUCCUCCUUUGGAUUGCAGUGCAGGAACAACAGUGAAUGUGGUUUCAGCAGAAUAUGUUUCUAAUACAUUAUACAUUCAAAAUGGUAUCAAUCAAUGGUACACGGCCACUCCUAAUCCCACAACAGGUGCUAUUGCAUCCUGGGCAUUUAAUUUGGAAAAUACUGGGUACCAGCUAGACAUAUACAUGAUGAUGGACUGGAAUAUGGAUUUCACAUAUGCAUCUAAUGGGGACUAUGAGAUUCAUUUCGAAUCAGGAGCUGCAGCCUCUGCUAAAAUUCACUGCAGUAAUGAAGGUUGGUAUUUUUUUGAUGGUGCUGGUAAUAAGUGUCCAGGUUCAUUCCCAAUGAGUGUUGACUCAUUUUUCAACAAGGGCAAUCCGGGUAUUCCUACAGGUGUACAAGCCGGCACAUUUCAUCAGGACAGCACACAUAAUAUACAAUACUUGUUCAAAGAUGAUUGGGUUUAUGAAUCCAGGGCAGCAAUUGGCUCAACUGGUAUAAGCGUAUUUGAUCUGACAGCAACGUACCACAAAGAUGAUGCAACAGCACCAACCAACAUUUUCAAGGGAGGAAUACCAUAUGGGAUAACGGCAGCAGCUCGGUUGCCGAAUGACUUGUUUGGAUUUUUUGUUGGAGAACAUUACUAUGUUUAUGACUUAACAACCGAAACAUUAUCAGGUCCAACAUGUGUAAAUCAAGCUUAAUAUCUUUAUAUUGCUACCAGAGACAUUGUAUAGUUGGUCAUUAAUAUAUUUUUUAUUAGAGGUACGUAAUUGUAGG